ACGCUUAUUAGCAGGAAAUAAACCCAAGACUGCGAAAGCGAUGAAAGAGACGUAUAUAAUUGUAAGCUACAAGAAGAAGCACCAACCAACAGAAGUAGCAAGUACAGAAAUGAUAAAGCUCCAGCUUUUCCAAUACCCACAUGAGUUUCUGAGAAAAACCCACAACCCAAAGCCAAAGCCCUCUAUAUGGAGCUCGAAAGCAGAGAGAGAGGCACCGCCACAUUCUCAUCCUCAGCUACCAGCAACAUGAUGCCCAACAAAAACAACACUACCACUAGCGGCACCGCCAAAAGAGACAAGUCAAUUGCUCAGUACAAUGCAGAUGCUGGCAUUUUAGCUGAAUAUGAGCAGUCUACUGCGUCUGGUAAGUCCUUUAACUAUUCAAGAUCAGUGCUUUAUCCUCCAGAAUCUGUACCUGAAGAGCAAAUAAGUGUCUAUUUCUCGAGAAUCCAAAGGGGUGCUCUUGUUCAAUCCUUUGGUUGUAUGCUUGCAAUUGAAGAACCCACUUUUAGAAUUAUCGGUUAUAGUGAGAAUUGCUUUGAGUUGUUGGGUUUGGAUAGUCUCUUUGAGUCAAAACAAUUAAAGGGUCUAAUUGGAAUUGAUUCUAGAACCUUGUUUACACCUUCUUCCGGGGCUUCACUGGCCAAAGCUGCUGCGUCCAGGGAGAUAUCAUUGUUAAACCCAAUUUGGGUUUAUUCUAGGAGUACCCAGAAGCCAUUUUAUGCUAUAUUGCAUAGAAUUGAUGUGGGAAUUGUGAUUGAUUUGGAGCCUGCUAGGUCUGGUGAUCCUGCAUUGUCGCUUGCAGGCGCUGUGCAGUCACAGAAACUUGCGGUUCGGGCAAUUUCUAGGCUUCAGUCUCUCCCUGGAGGAGAUAUUGGUGUGUUAUGUGAUACAGUUGUGGAAGAUGUUCAGAAGCUUACUGGAUAUGACAGAGUUAUGGUUUACAAGUUCCAUGAGGAUGAUCAUGGUGAAGUUGUGUCUGAAAUCAGAAGGGCAGAUUUAGAAUCCUAUUUGGGUUUACAUUAUCCUGCCACGGAUAUCCCUCAAGCUGCCCGUUUCUUGUUCAAGCAGAAUCGUGUACGCAUGAUUUGUGAUUGCAAUGCAAAUCCAGUUAAAAUCAUUCAAAGUGAAGAACUAAAGCAGCCUCUGUGCUUGGUCAAUUCAACCCUCCGGUCACCACAUGGCUGCCACAGACAGUACAUGGCCAACAUGGGAUCCAUUGCCUCAUUGGUGAUGGCAGUUAUUAUCAAUGGUAAUGAUUCGACGAAGCUUUGGGGGUUGGUAGUGUGCCACCACACUUCACCCCGUUAUGUCCCUUUCCCUCUUCGCUAUGCUUGUGAGUUUCUUAUGCAGGCAUUUGGGCUGCAGCUGUACAUGGAGCUUCAAUUGGCAGCACAGUUGGCUGAAAAAAAGGUUCUCAGAACACAAACCUUGCUUUGUGACAUGCUCCUCCGGGAUGCCCCAUCAGGUAUUGUGACCCAAUCUCCUAGUAUAAUGGAUCUUGUGAAGUGUGAUGGGGCUGCAUUGUAUUAUGGCGGGACAUGUUGGUUGUUAGGUGUAACUCCAACUGAAUCACAGGUUAAAGAUAUAGCAGAGUGGCUGCUAAGUAAUCAUGGGGAUUCCACAGGUCUGAGUACCGAUAGUUUGGCAGAAGCUGGUUACCCUGGUGCACCUUUACUGGGUGAUGCAGUCUGUGGUAUGGCUACUGCAAGAGCCAGUUCAAAGGAUUUCUUGUUUUGGUUCAGGUCUCACACUGCAGAGGAAGUCAAAUGGGGAGGAGCUAAGCAUCAUCCAGAGGCUAAGGAUGAUGGUGGAAGGAUGCACCCAAGAUCAUCAUUUAAAGCUUUUCUUGAAGUAGUUAAAAGUAGAAGUUUGCCUUGGGAGGUCUCUGAAAUUAAUGCCAUCCACUCUUUACAGCUCAUAAUGAGAGACUCGUUUCAGGAUAUGGAAGAAAGUGUUUCUAAGGCAAUAAAUAAUGCUCAUCAGAGUGAUACUGAAAUGCAGCCUCAGGGGAUAGAUGAACUCAGUUCUGUGGCAUGUGAAAUGGUUAAAUUGAUUGAGACAGCUUCAGUUCCGAUUUUUGGGGUUGAUUCAGCUGGUCUCAUCAAUGGAUGGAAUACAAAGAUGGCUGAAUUGACAGGAUUACAAGAUAGCGAAGCUAUGGGGAAGUCCCUAGCUAAUGAAAUUGUUUGUGAGGACUCACGGGAAGCUGUUGAAGAUCUUUUAUGCAGAGCCUUACAAGGUGAGGAGGACAGGAAUAUUGAGUUAAAACUGAGAAAUUUUGGGCACUCUCAGCAUAACUCGGUUGUCUAUGUUGUAGCCAACACUUGCACAAGUAGGAAUCAUGCAAAGAAUGUUGUUGGUGUAUGCUUUGUGGGUCAAGAUAUUACUUGUGAAAAAGUUGUUAUGGAUAAAUUCAUCCGUUUGCAAGGCGAUUAUAAGGCUAUUAUACAGAGUCUUAACCCAUUGAUUCCACCCAUAUUUGCAUCUGAUGAGAAUGCCUGCUGCUCUGAAUGGAAUGCAGCCAUGGAAAAGCUUACUGGUUGGACAAGAGAUGACGUUAUUGGUAAAAUGCUUCCUGGGGAAAUCUUUGGAGGUUUCUGUCGGCUGAAAGGUCAAGAUACACUGACUAAAUUUAUGAUUAUAUUGUACCAAGGAAUCAGUGGUCAAGAUAUUGAGAAGUUUCCACUUGGGUUUUUUGAUAGAAAAGGGAACUUUGUUGAGGUGAUCUUAACAGCAAGCAAGAGGACUGAUGGAGGUGGAAAUAUAAUUGGUUGUUUCUGCUUCUUGCAAAUAUCUUUGCCUGACCUGCAGCAGCCCUUGGAAGGACACAAACAAGAGGGUAGAGAAGGCUUUUCAAAACUAAAGGAAUUAACAUACAUGCGACAAGAGAUGAAAAAUCCUUUAAAUGGUAUUCGGUUUACGCACAGACUACUUCAAAAUACAACUAUUUCAGAAUAUCAGAAGCAAUUUCUUGACACUAGUGAUGCAUGUGAAAGACAAAUCAUGACAAUCAUCGAGGAUAUGAAUAUGAGAAGCAUAGAGGAAGGCAGUAGCGUGAAGCUGAACAUGGAAGAAUUUGUCUUGGGAAACAUUUUGGAUGCCAUUGUUAGUCAAUCAAUGAUCUCAUUGAGGGAAAAGAAUCUGCAGCUUUUUCAUGAGAUUCCAGAAGAAGUUAAAUCACUAUCUUUGCAUGGGGAUCAAAUCAGGCUGCAGUUGGUCUUGUCUGAUUUCUUGCUCAAUGUAGUGAAUCAUGCACCUUCCCCAGAUGGCUGGGUUGAAAUUAAAAUUUUACCUGGUCUAAAGUUAAUACAGGAUGGCAACAAUUGUAUCCGUUUACAGUUCAGAAUGACUCACCCCGGUCAAGGCCUUCCGGCUGCGCUUAUCCGAGAUAUGUUCGAGGGAGGAAAUCGAUGGACUACGCAGGAAGGGCUUGGCCUAAAUCUGUCCAGGAAACUUCUGAAUAGAAUGAAUGGUCAGGUUCAGUAUGUUAGAGAGCAUGACAAAUGUUACUUCCUCAUUGACCUUGAAUUUAAAACCAGGAAAGAAAGGCAGAGGGUUUCAGUGUCACAGGCCGAUAUGAGCACAAUGUCUUAAGUUUCAUCAGGAUCUCUGUUUGUUGAGUCUCUUGAUAUUUAGGGCAUCAUCAAGGCUGUCUGAACCACCUUCUACCUUGGCCUAAAAAUUCGGUCAACCGUAGUAUUUAGGACAGCUUUACUCAGCUUCCAUUUUAUAUGGUUUACCUAGCAAAAAUCCUUCCUCAUGUGCAGGUUCUAUUACUUCAGCUGUUUUUCUUUGUAUUUUACCAACUUUGUUUAAAAUAAAGUAAAAAUAAAAAUAUCAUGUGUAUGAAAUAGGGCUGCGGGACCAACACAUUAGAUUUACUGGCCGAGGUAGGUUAUCUUAUGUAUAAAUGCAAUCCUGACGUUAUGAUGUAUAUAUAUAUAUAUAUAUAAUCUUUUAUCA